UGCUAUGGUUUCAUAUUCGUGAUAAUUUUGUUAAUUGGCAUAAGGCUGGUUUUAGCUAGAAAUAUAGCUUAGCUAAUGUGUAAUGCAAUAAUCAUAAUGUAACGUUUAUAAACUUAAUAAAUUAAUAAUGAUAAUAUUAUAGAAGUUCAGGUAUUUAUAACGCUAACCAGUGAAUGAGGUUCUAUUUCCCGUUAAUUUUAAAUAUGUUGUUAACAAUGACAUGACAUGUAACAACACUUUUCUGUAAUUUGGAUAAGUUUAUAGAAGUUUUGCUUACUAGACCUAACAGUAACAAUUACUGACAUAAUUCAAGUAAUGCAAAUUACAAUUUAUAAAAUAAGCUAUAUAAUAUGUAAUUUUUAAAAACAAAAAAGAAAUAUCUAGAACUGAUUAGCAUGUUUCUGAAUAUCGGCAUUAAAAUCAAAGUCUUCUAUGAUUUGUGAUACUGAUAAAUGACAAGCAUCAGAAGUGGGGAUAUUUAAUUUAGGGAUGUGGAGAAUUUGAGCUAAAAGUCUGAAACAUUUCCUUCUAAUUGACCACUAGUGAUGAAAACAAAGCUUUGAGCCCUUUAUACAACACUGACAUUUUAAUGUGCAAAUUCAACUACAGAUUUUACUUAAACUUAAAAAUAACUCAGAAUUAUGGAUGCUGAUGAAGUAUUUGAAGUUAUUGGAGAAUUUGGAUGGCAACAGAAGAAAUACUUUCUUUUUGCUGGAAUGAUUGGAGGCAUUUACACAAGUGGUCAGCUUCUACAAAUCAUAUUUACUGGUGCAUCACCAACUUUUGUUUGCUAUGGCCAUGCAGGAGAAGCCUUUAACAACACAUGUUUCUUUGAUAAUAAACCAGAAUCUUGUAAGAGAUUGGUUUAUACAUCUGAAUUUACAUCUAUGGCUACUGAGUGGGACCUCAUCUGCUCACAAGCAUAUCAGAUUAAAGCUGUCCAGUCAGUUUUCAUGGCAGGAGUUCUUAUAGGAGCUUGGUUGUUUGGUCAGAUAUCUGACAAAAUAGGACGUUAUAAAACAAUGCUCUUGACCCAUGUGGGACUUCUUUCAUUCAGUACCUUUGGGGGCUUUGUACCAAAUAUCCAACUUCAUGCCGUAUGUCGCUUUAUGGCAGGUGUCAACCAAGGAGGAAUUGGAAUGAUAGUUUAUGUCUGGCUUACGGAAAUGAUAGCGUGGGUUCAGGUAUUUUUCUCUCUUGGAAUUGGAUUUCAUGCAUUUUUGGCCUUUCUCCUACCUAACUGGCGGCAAUUUACUGCUGUGUGCUCUCUCUGGGGACUGGUUCUUAUCAUUCCAUUUUUUUGGAUUCAAGAAAGUCCACGUUGGCUUCUUAUUCAUGGUCAUAGUCUUGAAGCCAAAAGAGUAUUGCAGUUAAUUGCAGAAGGAAAUGGUACUGCUCAUCGUUUGCCAGAAAACUGGGACUUGCGGGAAAAUAACAGAGGUUCAAAGAAAAAACAUGGAGCUUCAGUUUUGUUUAAACACAAAAUUUUAAGAAAGCAACUUGUGAUACAACUGUUUUCCUGGAGUACCAACAGUUUGUUAUAUUAUGCUCUAACUCUGGCAGCUGGGUCUCUCGCAGGUAAUAUUUAUCUCAAUACUACUCUAUCAGGAUUUAUUGAAUUGCCAAGUAUCUUAAUAACAACGUGUUUGUUGGAUUGGCUUGGUAGGCGCUGGUCUCUGUGCGGUUUCAUGAUUUUUGGUGGUUUCACUUGUAUCAUCAUACAAAUUCUGUCAACUGGUGAGGAAAUGAAUGGUUUUCAAGUUGCACUAGCUUUGUUAGGAAAGAUGUCCAUCACAGCUUCAUUUACUGUGAUCUAUGUGUAUUCUACUGAACUGUUGCCAACAGUAAUCAGAAACUUGGGAUUAGGAAUUCUGUCUUCAGCUGCACGGAUUGGAGGAAUUCUUUCUUCAUUUAUUAGUCUUCUGGAUGAUGUAUAUCCUCUGCUUCAAUAUACUAUCCUGGGUUUUUUUGCAAUUGUUGCUGGUAUUUUCAACACUUGGCUUCCUGAAACAUUAGGUAAACCUCUGCCUGAAGACAUAGAUGACAUACGUGACUAUAAUGAACCCUCCCCUACUCAUGUAGAAACACACCAACUUCUUCCAUUAGAACCACAAAAUCUUUUAGUAGAGGAUGAAGAAGAGACAUCAUCAGAGAAAGAAUUUAACUUGGAAGAAACUAUGUCUAUCCUCAAAACACGGUAGUAUAGUUAAAUUGUUAAAAGUUAUUACAGUUACAGGGAGCUUUGGUUAAAGAUCAGUAUUCUUCUGGCUAAAAAGUAUAGAGAUAAUUUCCUUGUAACAAAUUACCAAAAUACAUAACGGCAGUAAUGAUAAUUAUCAGACUGUUAAAGAAAAGUAAAAUGUCUUUCACAGUGCUUGUUAGUUAUUGAUGUACACUUUUAGAGUACAUGAUUGCACUGUACACUACCUAAAUGUGGAUUACUGUAAGAAUAUAUCAGAGUGUUAUCCUUCAAAGUACAUGAUGAAAAUAGGGAUAAUGUAUUUAUCAAUAAUACUUUAUGUAAUAGAGUGCUAUCCUUUAAAGUACAUGAUGAAAAUAGGGAUAAUGUAUUUAUCAAUAAUACUUUAUGUAAUAGAGUGCUAUCCUUUAAAGUACAUGAUGAAAAUAGGGAUAAUGUAUUUAUCAAUAAUACUUUAUGUAAUAGAGUGCUAUCCUUUAAAGUACAUGAUGAAAAUAGGGAUAAUGUAUUUAUCAUUAAUACUUUAUGUAAUACUAAAACUACAUAAUUAGAUAUUUUACUUGCUGUUUGUUAGCAAUAACAUUUUAAUAUGGUUGUCAAUGUGGAUGAAAAAGAAAAAACACUUGACCUUGAAAUAACUACUGCUUAUUCAGUUGGGUUUAUGACAUCUGAAAUAUUUUUGUAGAUAACAGUUAUUUUUUUAUUUCUUUUGUGCAUCUAACUUGUUUAAACAAGUUGUAAGAACCCUCAAAAUCUUUCACUGUAUGUUUCUUUAAAGCAAUAUUUUCAGCUAUUACACAGUUUUAUAAACAUGUUUCUUACUUGGAUCGUUAACAAUUCUGUAAUUCUCAUUGAAUUGUAGUCCCAUUCAAACCUGUGUAAGCAUAAAGGAAUAUGUAAUAGAUUGUACUUACUUGUUUUUAAAGAGUAUUUCAGUUGUUAAUGCUGACUUGUAUAAUUUUUGUUACAAGGACCUCAUCUACGAGUGAAAUAUUUUGA